GCUACGAUCAAGAAAGGACCCUGUAAAGAAAUCCGUUUUGCUGCUAAAAUUGAAAAAAAUGACCUGAAAAUGAAAGCUGAAUCUGUUAAGCGACUAAUGGAGAGUGGCUACAGAGUCAAGUGUACAGCAAUCGAUCCUACUGAAGGGUGUGACUUGCCAACAUUGUUAUCUCGUUUUACUGCUCUA